AUGAGCUCGGUAAGCCACCCGUUCUUUGUUCAAGUACCUCCAUCGCCACCACUUUACAACCUCUGUAUUCUUGAUGUAUGCUCCGAGAAACCCAUCACUGUCCAGCCGGAUUUAUCUUUUUAUACUCGCGUCGCAUGCCAAAUACCGGUGAGUAGGCCAUUAGCCGUUAGUACUUUGACAGACCGUAUAAAUGAAAUGAUGAUGCAAGGCUAA